CUCAUCCCACCGCGCUCGUGGUUGAAAAUGGCGAUCAUGACAGCGCCGUCGGUGUUUCUCGUCGUGGUGCUUCUAGCAUCAAGCACCCACGUCAGCGUGGUCGGCGAACUUGUCGAACUUAACGAGAACUCGUGGAGUCAGCUUCUCGAAGGGGAAUGGAUGGUCGAAUUCUUCGCGCCAUGGUGCCCGGCGUGCAAGGCGCUCGGGCCUGUUUGGAACGACUUCUCGAAGUGGAGCAAAGACCUGGGCGUCAAAGUCGCCCACGUUGACGUCACCACGAACCCAGGUCUGAGCGGGAGAUUCAUGGUGACAGCGCUGCCGACAAUCUAUCAUGUCAAGGACGGCGAGUUCAGGCAGUACCGCGGCACCAGGGACAAGGAGUCAUUCAUCAACUUCAUCGAAGAGAAAAAAUGGCAAAGCAUAGAGCCAGUCUCUACCUGGAAGAGUCCCCAGUCCAUACAGAUGUCCAUGGUGUCACAGUUCUUCAAGUUGUCCAUGAGUUUGAGGGCCCUGCACACAACGUUGGUUGACUACUACGGCAUCCCAUACUGGGGCUCAUACAUACUCUUUGCCCUGGGAACAAUCGUCAUCGGUGCUGUCUUGGGUCUGUUGAUUGUGUGCAUCAUAGACACAGUAUUCCCAGCAAAAGUGCCCACAUACAAACCUGCGAAGAAGUCCGAGUCUGACAAUGAAGAGGAAGAGUACGGAAGCGAGUCUGAAGCCGACAACAAGUCUGACGACGACGUGAUCCUGGACGACACGCUCGAGGAUAAGGGCGACGGUGAGGCGGCACAGCUCAGGAGGCGCAAUCCCGAAGCGGUAGAGUGAGCAUUUUGCCCACCAUGCUCCGAGGCGCUCAGAUUUUUCGACGAGCGAUGACCACCGAAUAAUUACCUCGGCGGAAGAUGCGGGGAAAUUCUGUUGUCACGACGAGGUCUUUGGCACAAGUUUUGUCUCGGGGAGGGGCCUCCUACAUUGUAAAGCAUCUAGAGUUCCAUGUCGAACACUAGUGGCUGAUUCAAGAACCAAGUUUGUUUUUUGUUCUUUUUUAACUUGUUAUGCGUGUGUGUGAAAAUUUGCACCUCGGGAGGAGAAACCACUUACGAUGGUGGGGCUCCAUUGUUGGUCAAGUCACUUUUUUUUGGGACGCGGUUAAAUGUAGUUAGUGGUGAGGCGAGGGUCAGUGAACGAGGGUUUUGUGAAAGGGGGGCUUAAGUGACGAUGUGUAAAACUGUUUCAGCUGCACUCUGUCUUUUUUUCGAUCCUCUCUUGCUGUGGAAGCCAAAGGAAUGUGUGGUCGCUUCGUGGCUGCCAGUUUGCAGUGCGCUUUGGUUUUAGCUGAAUAUAUUUUUUUUACUUGUUGGGCUUAAGGUUCCAAUAGUACAGCUUAUCCUGUGAUAUGCUUUGAUAUUCAAUUCGAAAACGGGAGUUGGCUUGGAAAAUUGCCCAGAUAAGCACCGAUGAGAAUUGUCCAAAGGAAACAGUGUGGGUGUAUGUGUGUGCGUGUGUGCGCAGGCUGUGUUAUAAAAGUCUUGCUUGUCUACAGUCUUUGUCAAGUUUCAAAGCCAAUACGGUGACUCCACAGACAAGACUUAUCGCCAUGCCAGCAACCUUUAAGUUAAGUAUUGUCUGUUGCUCCAAAGCUUAUGAGAGCAGGGAGUAGUGUCCCUCUCAAUUUCUGGAACUUUCGAGUGACAAAAGUUCCACAGGCACCCUUGGUGCAAAGCCCAGUGAUGAAUAUUCAGUCACACUUGUGCCGGCUUUGGAAAUUUUGACAGAGGCUGCGCAUCUGUGAAGCAGUCUGUUAGUCCAGACUUUCGAAAUGCAAGCUUGACACUUUCUCCUUACUUAAAAAAAACAGUGGUCUCAGAGGGAGUGCCUUAAAAGAAAAUUCACUUCGUGUUUUGUGUGUGCUUUGGACGCCCGUGUUUUUCAGUCUGCGUCUUUUGCUUUUUAAGUUUACUCAGUGCAUCAGGGAGUGCUGUAACCAUGUCAUGUGGUAGGGCGAGCGACAUCACAUACACAUGCAGCAUGUUAGUGAUAGGUCUCCUGUGUGUUUAGAAUUACAAUUUCUGAUGGCAGGGGCCAAUAAAGAAGCACACGCACGACAGUCAAGGUUUCUCUCGCCAGCAGACUGUUUACCUGCUGUCGUGCGUUGUAGACAUGUUUUACAGAACGUGCGUACCUGUGAGCUGGGUUUCCGGUUGAUGUGUAAUGAAUGUGUCGAAUACAGCAGUGGCGGUGCUUGCGUUUUAACUAUGCCACUCUGAAAGCUUGUCUUCUUAAUAAAGCUGUUCGUCUUUCCAGGCUCAAGGUAAUGUGAAUGCCACGUUAGACGCACCGCACUCUUUGUUCAUGCGUGCGGCGAAUCGCAACGACGCGUGCACGGCACAUGUACGUGAUGUAUGUCCCCCCGGUAGAACAUAGACGGUGACACAUCAAAAAUGCAGCUGAAAGUGUGCCUCAAGGGUGGCUUGUACCAGUAUUUUUUUCUGUUCUUAUCGAAGUGUUUAGCAGUCUUAAUGCACAGCCUUCUCCAUUUUGUCACUUUAUGGCCACAGUGUCAAUAUGAGAUUUAUAGAGCGCAUUCGAAAACAUCUUUUUCAGUUGUUUGGAGCACUCUUGCAUAAAUCUUUUUCAUCUGAGCAUUUAAAAUAAAGCCGCUGUGGGCCACAAAUGGUGCGCCACAGCAGCCAAGAUGGGCAUCUACAUCCAGAGUGUGCAGUUAGAAGUUGCUCUCUGCUGAUUUUAAGAUUCUUGCUGGCAGAAUGGAUACCUUGAACAAUUGAGCGAUCAAAUGGUUUUGGCACGUAAAAAACCCCAGAAAGAAUAAGCUUUGUUGUAACCUACAUUAUCUAACCAUUUCUGGUUUCAACAUAGCAGUCGAAAUACUUUAUGAAAUAAAGCGUGGCCAUCCAAAUUUCGGAUUUACUAUGUUGUAUCCAAUAACUUAUAUUUGGGUUCAUUAUAUCGAUGUCCAACUGAAAUUUCUCAAGUCUGAGGAAUGGAGAACGUACAAAUCAGCCGCUAGGUUUUUUGUUUUUGUUUUUUUUUUCUUUUUCUUUCCUGGGGAGGAGCCUUUCUCGCAUUGUUGACUUGUCACUGAGUAUAUAAGCUUGCUUAUCUAUUUAACAUGGGCAGCUUUGAUGGCAUUAUGUGUUCAAUGCCUAAAGUCCGACUGCAGUGAAAUUUUGUACGCACGAAAAGGCUAGUUUCAGAUAGCAUAGAUAUGGAGCAACCACCACGCAGAAUAUUAUGUUUGAAAUGCGGCUGGAUGUGUCAUGAAAAGCUCGCAAACAUUUUUUAUUCCGAAACUGAAGAAAAAGAUUUGCGCCAUUACUGCUCGCCGAAAAUUAUGCCAGUUCGGAACAUUAGAGAACCUGCGCGCGGCGCCCACGCAUAAUCUUCGAGAUCGGAUAGUGCCCGUGGCCAGUCGAAGAUCACGGAGGCCAUGCUCUGGUCCACAUGUCGUCUGCUUUGGUGCUAUUUAACGGCUGUUAAUCGGGAAAGUAUACGGACCCCGCAGGUUUGUCAAGACAGCUUUAACAGCAUAUACUUAUUGAUUUAUAAGCACUUUAGUUCGAGCAAAAUUUCAUUGCAGUUACUCUUUAAGCUUGGUGAUGUGACACGGGUGUUAGAGAUGAGCACUUUGCUGAAUUUUUGUGUGCUAUGGCUGCUUGGGCAUUCCAGUCAAGAUGGCAGCAGCAGAGGUAACAGUCAUAGAUCUCUCUUUGCGAGAGGCAGCUAAUGGAUUUCUCAUAAACGCUUGGAGACACUGAAAAGCAUCACCACGUGUGUGUUGGAGACAUCUGCCCAGCUGUAAGAUACUACUGCCGUUUCUCUCCUUUUGUUUUUCGCACUUCAAAUUUCAGGUAUAUAAUGUGUUUGUCUGUAGCUUAUUUAUUUGCCGCGCUCAUUGUCCGCUUUCUUUUUUUACUCUUUCUCAAAAAUGCAUUUCUUUGUCGCUUUUUUUGAGACAGCCUCUCUUGCGUGGAAUAAAGUGUGGUUUCUACUUUUAUAA